AUGCUGAUCCGGUUCCGGCUUGGUGCAUUGCGGAGUGUCCGCUUUGCUUCUACAUCGAAAUUGCCGCUGAAAGAGCCGAAAUUUAGCGAGAGUGCUGCCUUCCAGGGGAAACGAUCAGGCGCCCAGUCGUUCGAUUUCCAACCAUUUCAGCGCAAUUACUACGAGUCGGACCAGUUCAACAAUCGGAGACUAUUCUCGUUCCUCUCAUCGCUUGCCGUCCUGACGGUGUAUUUUGGGUGGCUUCGCGAAGCGUCUGAUCUUGACGAGAUCUGGAACGCUCCACCGCAUAUUCUGACUUGUAACUUGGAGCGGAAAAUGUUACAUGAGCAAAUCGAGCGAGCGCGACGAGAGAAGAGGCCUACGGAAUUACUUGAGGCAGAACUCUCGUACAUUGACGUGAAGGAAGAGGCGAUGCGUCUUGAAUAUGAAAAGCAGCUGAAACAGCGGGCCCGAAAA